CUCUGUAAAAUGUGCGUGUGAGUUUCCAUCUUCCCACUUAUUUCUCCUUCCUGACCUUCACCUAACAUCUGAACAUGCAUUCAUUAAUGCAGCUAUAUCUCUAUUGACUUUCGCUUGUAUACAUGGCGUAAAUAUGUUAUUGUAAGGAUCAGUGUUUAUACCGUAGUUAGGGGUUGUUUAUGUAGACAUCUAUCUGGAUUCUGUUAUAUAGUUUCGUAACGGGAGAUAGAAUUCUGGUGUUAGUAGGGGCAUUAUGGUGGAAUUAAAUACAGUAAUUUCAGGCCUAUUGACGGUAAUAGUAUUUACUGUGUUCAGUGUCGCAUUUGCAGCAAGUCUUUUAGAACCCGAUGAAGACUCUUACAAUAUCCGCGCAAACGUGUUGAAUCAUAAACCCGAAGAGAGAUUGGGAACCGUCAUACGGCACGGUCGUUCAAGGAAUUUCUUUUCGCUCUUCAAUAGAAGAAGUGGUUCAGAACCGAAAUUUUUAAAUAAAUUUUCUUUCGGAAGUUACGAUAUCCCAAAUAAUAAUGAAAAUAAAAACUCGAUCAUGAAAUCUCCUCCAAUUGAUCACGAGGGAACAGUUACAGAUAAUUAUGAAAGUAGUACAGUAGCAGACAUACGAGUACUCCAAGAAAUGGGUUUCACGUCUUCAUCUUUGAAUAUCACAGUUCCUAUAAAACCAGCAACAAAAGAGACCACAGCACAGACUAGCUCACAAAUUAUGACCGCUUCUUUACAAGUAACUACGUCACGCACAGAACCCGAAACACUGCAAACCACGACGGUUUCUGAUCAGACGGAACAAGAGCAACCUGAUUUUUCAGUAAAGAAAUUUCCAGACAUGUUGGCUUCAGACUUCAAUGCCAGUGAUUGGGGUCGUCAUUUCGAAAACAAAUUGAGAUCCACAGCUGAUGUGACAAGUCCCAGACGUAAGGCCCAUUCUGACGGCGAAGGUUACACUGUUUCGAACCCUAAGGACGAAUCCGAGUCGCUCAGUUAUGUUGACGGAGGUUUCGACUUAGCUAUUGAGGGUACGGACACCGAUAUUGGUGUUGAAGGAGUGGGGAGAGUCACUGACGCCGUCGAUGCGAGACGGGGCUCAGCGGAUGUGGUCACUCGGUUCCUCACAAUCGUUGAGUCUCAGCAUCUUCUGGGUGAGAACUGCACUGCCGGGACGGACCUUAAUCUUGGUGAAGGCGUCGUGGAUCAGUAUGCCCAGGAAAGGUUCCGGGUAGAGGCGGACGUAGCGGUUAAUCGUGCCAAUAUGCUCACGAGACUCUGGAAAUAUGCAGAUCCUGAGGUGAUGCGUUCUGAGUAUCUGCUUCACGCCUCCGUGUUCUCAAUGGUUGAAUUCGAUGAAGAUAUCUUCGCUGCCGGUAACUGCUACGACCAGUUCCAGUACAAGGACUACGUGCUCUUCUGCCCCUAUGCCUAUAGACUACCUGAAGGACAGAUACUCGUCAAGGACUUGGCCGUGGAGUACAAAUAUCUGAGUAACACAUCUGAGUGGUUCUACAUUGCCCGGAAACACGCAGAGAACGUCAUCCGGAACUACAGCCAGUUUAGUCACGGCUACCACACCUACACGUACAACGAGAGUGCCCACACGGAGAGAGUCCCAGACGAGAUUCUGAGCGUCAGGUACGAGGACGGCAGGUGGAGUAAGCCAUACUACGACUGCGGUGGGGGCAACAUUUGGAUGCUGACGUAUACCGUUCCCUUCUUCGGUUUCCAGAACGAUACGUACUUCUUUAUGGGAACCAGCGGCAUCGACAUCGACUUGCGCAGAGUGGACAUUGACCAGUGCCCUCUGCCCUCUGGCAGCACACAGCUCAACAUUUUCGCAGCCUCAGACAAGUGCAAGGAACGAACCACUCAGUGUGUACCGAUCCCCGGCCUAGGGUUUCGACGCGGCAGCUACAAGUGUGUGUGCCGCCGGGGAUUCUAUUUUCCCGACGUGAGAGCCAUACAUCGUUACUACAACGGGACGGUGCUGGAGGAGGAAUAUGAAAAACUGCUGAUGGACGUGGACAACCAGUAUAGCGAGCCAGGAAUGUUCGAGUGUCUGCAGUGCGCAGAGGGCUGUGAGUCCUGCGAGGAUGAUCGCCCCUGUGUUGUGUCCCUGAACUGGGUCAUGCGCACGGCCAUACUCAUCUUGUCCUGCGUCAUCAUCUGCUGUCUGCCUGUCGUUGUUCUCUUCACCUGGAAGUAUGGCAACGUCAAGGUGGUGAGGGCAGCCAGUCCUGUGCUACUGAGGGUGAUCACACUGGGCGCCUUCUUCAUUUACUGCACAAUGAUAGUGAUGUACCCAAGGCCUAACAUCUACACUUGUACAGUGCGUGUCUGGUUAAGAGAAAUCGGCUUCUCUCUCACUUAUGGAGCCCUGAUGCUGAAGACAUGGAGAAUAUCGGUGAUUUUUCGGGUGCGUUCAGCCAAAGCAGUAAAAAUUACAGAUCUGGAUCUUCUGAAGAGACUUGGAGUCAUUGUCACCAUCUUUAGUGUGUUCCUGGUGAUAAGAACCCUUGUAGCACCACCUCAUGUCAUCGUAGGCAGAACGGCUGAUGAUCUGAAAGCAUUUCUUUGCCGUACAGACUGGUGGGAUCAUUCCUUCACUACAUUGGAAGUGAUGUUCCUUGUGUGGGGAAUUCGUCUGUGCAUCGUAGUGCGCAAGGCCCCCUCCGAGUUUAACGAAAGUCGCUUCAUCUCCAUGGCUAUUUACAACGAGUUCUUACUGUCGGUGUUCCUCAACGUUUCCAUGCUGUUCUUGCAGAAGCCCGCCAACCCAGAUCUUCUCUACAUAAUCUUCUUCUGUCACACGCAGCUGACCAUCACGCUUCUGCUGUGCCUCAUCUUCGGCAGCAAGGCCUACAUGGUGUUCAAGGGGCAUGGCAAGUCCGAAGAGAGUUCAAGCGCCAUCCCGAAACCACAAGCAGCGAAGUUCCUGGCAAAACCCAGGUCAGGCAACUCCCAGUGCGCCCCUUCCACCAACUCAUCUACAGCAGGGGUGCAGGAGUAUGCGAAGCUCAACGAGAUGGACGUACAGGAGGAGUUUCAGCGACUUUACACGCAACUUGAACAGCUGAAGGAGAAGAACAUGAGGCUAGGGAACAGACAUCUGGCAGCUAAAAUCACAGCAAUGCAAGAAGCUGCCAAACAGAACUACAACGAAGGACUACUUGAAGCAGAGACACCCAGUGGCAAUACAACCGCUGAUCAUUUGAAACUUAACAACGUAUUGGCUGUCGUCACUGACAAGAUAGUGUGUGCUACUGUGGCAGCAGAUGACAUUAGUGUCAGAUCAAUCCCAUUGGACGCCACAAACCAUACAAGAAGUCCGCCAAAAUCAAAAUGUAGUUCACUUGUUUCUAGCCCCGACUCUGAAACUCCUCUCCAAGAAAGAUUACCGAUAACGCAUCGAAUUAGCGUUGCCAACUUAAACAUGCCAGUGAAUGACUCAGGAGGGCCUACUACGGAAACAGGUGGUAGAACGUACUCAAGAGAUCCAUCCGUGACUCCGACAAGUGAGAGGCAACUGCGCAAUCAUAAGGGAAAGGAUGGUGAAGAUGUCAGUGAGGCGGGUGUCAGACGAGUGGACCUUGAAAUGUGGUGGAGAUAUCGACCAACACACAUUAUCAUAAAAAUGUAAGAAUUUAGUACCUGAGGGUUUGCCUGCCACAGUAUACAGUAUGGACGCAGUGUCUAGUCUAAUGCUCACACAUUGAAGAUGACAAAGAAACAUUAUGUGCCUAAGUACAAUAUAUAUUAUAAUAUCGUUUUUGAAAUGUUUUGUAGACAGGCUGUGAAAACAGAGUGUUUUGAUUGGGUGAUCAGCUAUAUGAAUAACGAAUUUCCAUUUUAGUGGCAGUCUCAGCAUCCAUCAUCAGGGACUAAUUGUAUGAGUGAUGUAGCAAUGUGGCCAGUGUAUACACGCAGUUGCUCUUGGAAUCUGAUACCUCAUUGCAAAUGGUGGAGUCAGGGGCUGACUUAUAUCCAUACCAAUGGUCCUUAUUUCCUAACAUGGGAAAACUCAGAUGUUGGGAAAUGUUACUAGUGCUUGUGUAUUGAAGGUGCUUCUUCAUUGAUGUAUGCUGGUAGCCAGGGUCCAUGAUUAGCCUAGACUGAAUCCUGUGUUCCUGUUUUAGUUACUGGGAUGUAACAGGGCUGGACUGGUGGGCGUGUACUGUGUAGUUGCAGUUAUUGCUGUGGUAUCCUGUAGUUAAUUGUAUGCAGUACUGCAUUAUGUUUGGAAAUGGUACAUGGAUGCUAGUGGCCCUUGAGACUGGGUUACAUCUUGACAUCACCAGAGAAAUGGGAUUUAGUGUAAGUCUGUCUGAGAACCUACCUACCAGUGCACAUCAGCAAAGCAUAACCAUUGACACAUUAUCCAUGUUAAAUGAUACAGAUCAUGACCAAAUACAUGACGAGAACACCUGAUCGCCUGUUGUUCUCCAGGUUCAUCAGAAUGGAAGCAGACAUUUUCUGUGAAGCACUGGAAAUUGAUUACACACUGACAUGGGGUUUGUCCAAGGAGGUUUUUUUGUAGGAAUUGAAAUGGGUUGCAGGUGGGUUGGAAGUUGAACACAUGAAUCCAUGGUUUCAUUGUCUUUUGCUCCAUGCAGUCUUUCUGAACCAGU